UGCUUUACCCUGUGAACUGGCGUGAAGCUGUGGUAAAGCAGGCAGCCUUUCCCCGCGGUGUCUGCCUGUAUUUCGUUCAGUUUGCGGCUGCUGUAGUGGAGUGACACCACAUAGGCUUUCCCAGUGAGAGAGGCAGAGGCGCUGCCUGCUGAUUUACUGGAUUCAGAUUUAUUUUUAUUUGUUAUUUGUGUGUGUGCAUUUGGUUGAAUGAGCGAUGGCCUCAUUCAGUUACCUGUCCACCUUACCCCUACUGGUCUCUCUGCUCCUGGGCAGUCUGCGCUUCUCUGUACAGGAGCAGGAGGACGAGCACAGCAAACACCUUUACACCGCCGAGCUCUUCAACCAUGCCGUGCAGACCUCUCCUCACUUCAUCAUGUUCUUUGCACCUUGGUGUGGGCAUUGUCAGAGACUUCAGUCAACAUGGAAUGAACUAGGGGACAAAUAUAACAACAUGGAAAACACGCCAGCCAAUGUAGCUAAAGUUGACUGCACCAAAGAUACACAGACCUGUUCAGAUCAAGGAGUCCGUGGAUAUCCUACACUGAAGUUGUUCAGACCCGACCAGGAAGCAGUGAAAUAUCAGGGACCCCGAGACCUGCAGUCACUAGAGACGUGGAUGCUUCAGACCCUUAAUGCUGAACCUGCUCAAAGCGAAUCUGAGCAGGAACCUCCCACGGCUCCAGAAGCCAAGCAGGGCUUGUAUGAACUGUCAGCUGAUAACUUCAAGCUUCACACUGCACAAGGUUUUCAUUUUAUAAAAUUCUUUGCUCCGUGGUGUGGACACUGCAAAGCUCUGGCUCCAACAUGGGAACAACUGGCAACAAUGUUUGAGCAUUCCGACAAUGUGAAAAUUGCCAAGGUUGAUUGCACCGCUCACCAGCAGCUGUGCUCUCAGAACCAAGUGCGUGGAUACCCAACUCUCCUGUGGUUCCAGGAUGGGGAAAAGGUUGAUCAAUACAAGGGAAAGAGGGAUCUGGACUCUUUGAAGGAAUAUGUUGAUUCCCAGUUAAAGGCAGCUGAUUCUGCUGAAGAAGAUCAGGAAACUGAUGAAGAUUCUGAGGAAGAGGAUCAAUCUGAAGAAGAAGAGGAGGAGGAGGAGAAGGAACUGUACAGUGUGCUCAUCCUGACUGAAAGUGAUUUUGAGCAGACCAUAGCCACAGGGCUGACAUUUGUGAAGUUUUUUGCACCCUGGUGUGGCCAUUGUAAGAGUUUGGCACCGACCUGGGAGGAACUUGCCAAGCAGGAGUUUCCUGGUUUAAGUGAUAUCAAAAUCGCAGAAGUGGACUGUACGCAACAGCGCACCAUCUGCAAUCAGUUCUCGGUCCGUGGUUAUCCAACAUUGCUGCUGUUCCGUGGUGGACAGCAGCAAAGUGAAUACAAUGGAGCGAGAGAUUUGGAAGCUCUUCACAACUACAUCCUACAGCAAGCCAGGGACGAACUGUAAAACAUGUCCUUUUUGUCCAGCCACCACCUCGUGUCACUGUUUACAAGUUUGUGUUUUUUUGAUGUGUAAACUUCUUCAUGGUCAUCAACGUAUUCCAUAAAGGUUAUUGCCAACUUACCAGCCUUCUAGAUGAAGAAGUUGACUUCGCUUUCAUCAUAUAGUGGUGCCUUCUAAGUAUGUGGUAGUGAGUGGUGAGAUCUUGCUUGUUUAUCACCCCUAUUAGCCAUCUUUUAAAACUCAAAUGGAUGUGAUUCAUGUGUUGUUAUCAGACAAUCACCGGCUAUCAAGUGUACCUGGUUAAUAAUUACAGUACUGUGGGGAGAAAACUAAACACGAAUACCUCAGUGCAUCUUCAAGCCACAUUCAUCUGCACAAGUUAAUAAGAAGGAAGCCAAGCCAGUUUAUAAUGAGUGAUUGAUAACAUUUGUAGAGUGUGAAAGACUGAGACAACACAUACUGGUGUAAAAAAACAAGAGUAUGGGCAGUAUCCAUGUAGGGAUUGUUUUUCCCCUCAAAAAGCAACAGCAAUUAAAUCCCUUGUGAACAAAACUGGGUAAAUGUGGCAGUUAUCACAUAAUAUGGUAACAUGCUAUAUCCCCCUUUUGAGCUUUAAUUUAUGUGGUAAAUAGUUCCAGAAACACACUGCUUUUUAUUGAAUUUAUUUUAAAAGAACUGGACACUAGAGAAGUGAAUGAGAGCGCAAAACUUAGCAUAAAAUGAAAAGUUAAAGUUGAAGAAUUUCAAAUUUAAUGAAUGCAUCAAACAUGCCAAAGGCAUUCAAGCUGGUUGCCAUUGGCAAGGUAAUUCUUGGAAAAAAAUAAUGAGUGUAGCCCCAAGAUGCCAAACUGUAUAUUGUGUGAGCAAACUGCACAAAAAAAACCCACGACUUUAACAUCAUUUAUUGUUAGCAUGUAUGUAUGGAGAAUGAAUUGUUCUUUAAGAGAGGCAAGGGAGCAGUAAGUGUGUGUGUGGUUGGCACUUAGAUUUUUGUAUAAAAAGAAUCAUUAAACAAAUGUGGGAUUAUGUCAAUAGUUUACACUACUUGGCAAUUUCUAAUAAACAUUUCUUAAAAAUGA